AUGGCUGACGACGCAGAACCCACAUACGACAUCUGUAUCAGCGGUGCUGAAGAUGAGCCCAAGUCACAGGAUGACCUCAACGCAAUGAUGGCGCUGUCCUUCCAGAUGAACCCGCGCAAUGAAGCAGUCGGAUUCGCGAUGGCCGAUGGCGUCGAUGAGAAGCAGCCACGUCUUGCCAUGCGCCUCGGCAAGUUCUGGCCCGCAGGCAAGGAGAUCAAGAUUGCCUUCCAUUCGGGGACUGAUUGGCAGAAGAGCUUUGUGGAAAAGUACGCCUCUGAAUGGACGCAGUAUGCCAAUCUCAAGUUCAAAUGGGUGGGCAACUACAACAGGGCCACCGGGGCCGACAUCCUCAUUGACUUCAAGGUCGGUGAUGGCUCGUGGUCCAUGGUAGGAGUUGAUUCUCUGCUCAGAACCCGGAAAGGCAACCCGUCGAUGAACUUUGGCUGGGUCGAUGAGGGCGGCAAUCACGUCUACAUGAGUGGGACGGUGCUGCAUGAGUUUGGCCACGCUCUCGGCGCCCACCACGAGCAUAGCAGCCCCCAGAGCGAGAUCCAAUGGGAUAAAGAGGCGGUGUAUGCCGCGUAUGGGGGACCUCCAAACAACUGGGACAAGGGCAAGAUCGACCACAAUGUCAUGAGGGUUUGGGGGAUGGAUCAGGUCCAAUCUACGCGCUUCGACCCGGACUCGAUCAUGCUGUACAGCUUUCCGGCCAGGUAUACGCUGAACAACAAGGGCACCAAGAGCAACCGGGUGCUGUCCGAGAGCGACAAGCAGUAUAUGCGCUUCUGCUAUCCGGGCCAUGCUACCGAUGCGGGUCACUUCAACACGAUGGAGAUCGCGAUGCCUUCGGGUAAGCCGCGUCAGGACUACAAGACCGAGAAAUACUAUCAUGAAAAGUACGCCUCGCCGCCACCGCUCAUCCUGGGCCUGAACCAUCUCGAUAUGAGUGGCCAGCACAACGCCCGUGUUCAACUGGCGGCACUGGAUCAAGGAAAGGAAAAGUUCUCCGCCCGUAUCCGAACCUGGGGUGAUAGCGUGCUCAACUCCGCCGGCAUGACCUGGUUGGAAGCCGGGCCCAAGUUCGACUUCCUGCAGCAAGGAACCGUCGAGCUGAAGGACAUGUCCAGAUGGCCAAUUAACAAAGGGAGCAGUUGGAAAUGGAUAUGGUUCCCCCGGCGGUUCAAGACGACGCCCAAGGUUGUGCCUUUUAUCCAAUCUUUCGACCUCGACCAAAAAACAGGCUGGCGGUUCAAAGUCUAUGCUUCCCGAAUCAGGACUAAUGGCUGUUACAUCUACGUCCAGUCCUGGGACAACACCAAAAUCGCCGACGCCAAGGUCUCCUGGCUGGCCUAUCCAGCCGAUCAGCCUGGAAUCACCAGUGGACGUUUCUCAACCAACGAUGUUCGAUCAUACAAACAUCCCCAGGCGGAUAACUCCGGAACUGUCAAGUUUGACAAGCCAUUCGCGAAAUUGCCCAAGCUUCUUGUGGCAUUGGAUGAGAUAGAUUACAGCCCCCAGAAGGAUCUGCGUGUUCGCGUUGGUAAUUCCAUGGUGACUGAGCGUUCGUUCGACUGGAAUUUACAGUCGUGGGGUGAUUCGAUCAUGAAUUGCGCCGGGGCGUCGUAUUUGGCCUGGGGCGAGCCUGCUGAUAGCAAAUCCGAGGGUUUGGUUAUUUUGGAGUAGAAAUUAUAUAAUAGCCUCUAGCAGUGGUGGUGAAUUGGGGCGAUUUAAGCAAUAUCAAUCAAUCCACUAUAUACAGACGUC